GUGAGUGGUGAUCCAGAAGCCUGGGCACAGCCACACUCUGUCCCACUCCCCACUCCCCACUCUGCCCACUCCCCACUCUGCCCCACUUUCCACUCUGCCCACUCCCCACUCUACUAAAGCUACUACUGCCCAGCUCCAGGAUAGAUAACAGCCCUGCUCAGACCGUUCGUCUCGGACCCCUGUACUCUUCCAGGACCUGGGACCUGCCUUGUACCUCUCUGCCCCCCUCCUCUGACUAACAUAUGACCGUGACCAUGGCUGACAUCAACAACGGUUAUGAACAGAAGUUCCAGACGGACAGACAUCAUAAAGAGAUUGACCUGAUCAACAGAGACCCCAAGCAAGUCAACGAGGAUGUAGUGAAGGUGGACUUUGAGGACGUGAUUGCUGAGCCUGACGGGACUCACAGUCUGGACGGGGUGUGGAAGGCCAGUUACACCACCUUCACUGUGUCCAAGUACUGGUGCUACCGCAUCCUGUCUGCCAUUUUGGGGAUCCCCAUGGCUCUACUGUGGGGCUUCCUAUUUGCCUGUCUCUCCUUCUGCCACAUCUGGGCUGUGGUGCCUUGCAUUAAGAGCUGCAUGAUAGAGUCCCAGUGUUUCAGCCGUAUCUACUCCCUGGCCAUCCACACCUUCUGUGACCCGCUAUUCGAAGCCCUGGGAAAGAUAUUCUCAAGUGUUCGGGUGGUGCUACGGAAGGAGAUGUAAGGUUCAGAAGCAUGGGCCAGAUUGAGAAUUGUAUAGGGUGGGGAUGGUCCUGCCCGGUCUACUCUCCAUCCUAAAGUAGGCUAAUUCCUUGGCCUCCUGUCUGGUUGCUGAUGCUGGGUCUGGGUCUGACUCAAACAGAGCUUGUAAUUGAUGGAGAUUAGUUUGUUCAAUCAGAAGACAAAAAGAAGAGUGCUCUCACCUGGUUGCCAUACAGAUGUAGGAUCUUAAUUUGAUCACUCUUUUGUUGCUGAGAAUUCAAACUUUUAGUGUAUUCAAGGUAUAAAAAGGCUCCUAAAGUUUUACAUUUCCACUUUAAAAAGUCAGAAUUGAUUUUCCCUAAUGAAAAAUGUGUCAACCCCUACAAAACUGUCCAUUAAUUAUAAUCUACAUAAUAAUUAUAAUUUCCUG